AUGGAUCCCAAGGACAGGAGAAGUGUCGAAUAUUGGGAUGACAAGACUUUUGUUGAAUGGUUCGAAAGCGCGCAUGAUGAAAAACAGACAAAGAAAAAAGGCAAGCCAAAGAAAAAGACACCAAAGGUGGAAAAGCCACUGGUGCGCCUUCUCCCCUUCAUAGAAGCUCUGAGAAACAAUAGAUAUCUGCAAAUAAGAGAACUUUACGUUUGGGGAGUGUAUCUCGAUUAUAGCGAUAUGCUUGGCUUGGUAAAGAGCUCUAGUGAUUUUUUUCUCAUUUUUAAGGGUGGCAUGGUUUCCAAGGGUAAUUAUGAACUGACGUACAUUGAGCUUAUUGACUGCUUUCUUAAUGAGAAAGCAAUUGACGCACUGGCUCCACAGGUCAAUUACACAAAAACUUUAACAAAUCUGAUCCUAGACUUCAAUGAGUUUGGUGAUUCUGGCUGCUACACAUUAUGUGAAGGACUGAAAUCUUGCCGCUGGCUUAUUCGCCUAAGUGUCUGUUUCUGUGGAUUACAUAAGCAAAGUGGCAUAUGGCUGGGGAACCUAGUAGCUGAAACUUCUAUUAGAGAACUCUACUUAGACGGUAACCACCUGGAGGCUGAGGGAGCCAGUGCUCUGCUCACACAGCUAGCGGAAGCGGCAAUACAGGAAGGAAUCGAACGCGAACGACUGAAAGCAGAGAAACUAGCUGCCCUGGAAGCCAAAGCAAAAGCGGGACGCCAACGGAUCGAUUUCGACGCACCACCUGGUGCAUCAGCGAAUAACGCUGAAGGCGUACCAGACGCUGCAGUUUACAACAACGAUGAAAGCACCAACGUCAACGCUUCUGGAGGUGAGCUUUCGGGUGACGCGCCUAAAAAUCCCGGUCCAAAAAGAAAAAAACGGAAACACCGUAAAAGACCGAGCAAAAAAAAGAAAUUAAAAGUUCCACCAUCCGGACCUCAGAUCAGUCAACUCCAUAUGGCGGAAAACAACAUAAACAGCAUCAGCCGUGGGGGUAGUUUUGCUCCGGUUCGCUGUAUGCAAUUACUGAAGGCUAUAAUAGCGAACGCCAAGGAUCUGCAGGAGGUUGAUAUUUUUGGCAACGACAUUGGGCAGGUGGCGGGCCGCAUUAUACUGGAAGGAAUUUUGGCGAGAAAGGAUAAUAGCCUCCCACGAGUUGGCGUUCGUGUGACUCAUCUGAUCAACCAAGAUACCUAUGAUAUGAUUCGCAAGUUAGCCCCACCUCUAAAACCCAAGAAGAGGAAGGCUGCUUAA